UUAUAUUCGGCCUCAACCCCUCCUCACGACACAAAUCGUUUUCACUGGUCGCCAACGAGAAGCUGUCAGCUACGGCGAAUUGCCUCUUAUCAACCGACGUCUUAAAGCAAAUACGAGAUGGCCCGUACCAAGCAGACUGCCCGUAAAUCCACUGGAGGAAAGGCGCCAAGGAAGCAGCUGGCUACCAAGGCAGCCAGGAAGAGCGCACCGUCCACGGGAGGAGUCAAGAAGCCCCAUCGCUACAGACCUGGAACUGUGGCUCUGAGGGAGAUCCGUCGUUACCAGAAGUCCACCGAGCUGCUCAUCCGCAAGCUGCCUUUCCAGCGUCUUGUGAGAGAAAUUGCACAGGAUUUCAAGACUGAUCUGCGCUUCCAGAGUGCUGCCAUUGGAGCUCUUCAGGAAGCCAGUGAGGCCUACCUGGUGGGUCUGUUUGAGGACACCAACCUGUGCGCAAUCCACGCCAAACGUGUCACAAUUAUGCCCAAAGAUAUCCAGCUGGCUCGUAGGAUAAGGGGAGAGAGGGCCUAAGCGGCUAAUGGCAACAUUGUCAAGACAAAUGAUCCUAUUUAUCGUACCAUUUUUGUGGCAAUUUUAUUUCUUGGGUAUUUUUUUUUUAUACAAUUUUUCCUUGAAUUUUGUAUUUUAGAUUGGGACAAUUCAUCAUUACACAAACCUGAGUACACUUAGAAUAGUUGGAAAUGUUGUACAGUAGGACUAUCUACAUAUUCCAUUAUGCAUUAUUACUACAUGUAGCAUCAUACCACCCUUCAAGUUCUUUGUGGGUAUCAGGCUCCCUCUGGGGAUGGAUUUGUCUUUGACGAGGGGAUCAAUCCUCUAAACUUCUACAGGGGUCCAGGGUCUCGUCACCCAUCUACCACUCAUCACAAAAUGCCAGCGUGUCUUGCUUAAACCGUCUCACUGCAGUGUCAGGGCAUUGGCUGCUACAGUUGCUACUCUACACUGACUGGGAGCAUGACAGACCUUCCUGUAUUUUUCUGGACUGCUUUUUACAUGUUUUUCAACAUAAAAUCUUGGCAGCUACAUUUAAUAUUUAUGAAAAUGUUGUCCAUGUCUUUCUAUUAAAGGUCUUUAUGAUUCGAAA